GCCCGGCGGGGAUGUCGGGGUAACGGCAUGGAGAACAGCCACCCCCCCGCGCUCCAGCAGCCCCCGCCGCAGCCCGGGCCCGCGGGCGAGAGGAGGAACCACCACUGGAGAAGUUACAAGUUGAUGAUCGACCCGGCGCUCAAGAAGGGGCACCACAAGCUGUACCGCUACGAUGGGCAGCACUUCAGCCUGGCGAUGUCCAGCAACCGGCCGGUGGACAUCGUGGAGGACCCCCGGGUCGUCGGGAUCUGGACCAAGAACAAGGAGCUGGAGCUGUCGGUGCCCAAAUUCAAGAUCGAUGAGUUCUACGUGGGCCCGGUGCCGCCGAAGCAGGUGACGUUCGCCAAGCUCAACGACAACAUCCGCGAAAACUUCCUGAGGGACAUGUGCAAGAAGUAUGGCGAGGUGGAGGAGGUGGAGAUCCUGUACAACCCCAAGACCAAGAAGCACCUGGGCAUCGCCAAGGUGGUCUUUGCCACGGUCAGGGGCGCCAAGGAGGCGGUGCAGCACCUGCACAGCACUUCGGUCAUGGGCAACAUCAUCCACGUGGAGCUGGACACCAAAGGGGAAACCCGCAUGAGGUUCUACGAGCUGUUGGUCACGGGCCGGUACACACCCCAGACCCUGCCAGUGGGGGAGCUGGAUGCUGUCUCUCCUAUCGUGAAUGAGACCCUGCAGCUGUCAGAUGCCCUGAAGCGCUUCAAGGAUGGCGGCCUGUCUGCAGGCUGUGGCUCUGGCUCAUCCUCUGUCACCCCUAAUAGUGGCGGGACACCCUUUUCCCAGGACACUGCUUACUCCAGCUGCCGCCUGGACACCCCCAACUCCUACGGACAGGGCACACCGCUCACGCCGCGCCUGGGCACCCCCUUCUCGCAGGACUCCAGCUACUCCAGCCGUCAGCCCACACCCUCCUACCUCUUUGGCCAGGAUCCCACAACAACUUUCAAGGCCCGGCGCCACGAGAGCAAGUUCACGGACGCCUACAACCGCCGCCACGAGCAUCAUUAUGUCCACAACUCUGCCGCGGUCGCCGCGGUGGUGGGGGCCGCCGCUGCCUUCCGGGGCGCCGCGGACCUCCCGUUCGGGGCGGUGGGCAGCAGCGCGGGCAGCGGCGGCCCACCUUUCAAGGCGCAGCCGCAAGAGCCAGCCACGUUUGCCCACACUCCGCCGCCCGCCCAGGCCGCCCCUGCUCCCGGAGUGACGUUCAAGUCGGCGUUCUCCCCGUACCAGGCCCCCGCGCCCCCCUUCCCCCCGCCCCCCGAAGAGCCCGGCGCCACGUCCACCUUUGGGGCCCGUGACGGUGGGGAGUUCCGGAGGGCACCCGUGCCCCCGCCCCUGCCGCCCGCCGAACCCCUGGCCAAGGAGAAGCCAGGCACGCCCCGCCCGCCGCCCCCUGACGCUAACAGCAUGGAGCUGGGGGGCCGGCCCACCUUUGGCUGGAGCCCCGAACCCUGUGACAGCCCCGGCACCCCGACACUGGAGUCAUCGCCCGCAGGGCCGGAGAAGCCCCACGACAGCCUGGACUCGCGCAUCGAGAUGCUGCUGAAGGAGCAGCGCACCAAGCUGCCCUUCCUCCGCGAGCAGGACUCGGACACGGAGCUGCAGAUGGAGGGCAGCCCCAUCUCCUCCUCCUCCUCCCAGCUCUCGCCCCUCGCCCCCUUCGGCACGAACUCCCAGCCAGGGUUUCGAGGCCCCACACCGCCCUCCUCGCGCCCCUCCAGCACCGGCCUGGAGGACAUCAGCCCCACGCCGCUGCCCGACUCUGAUGAGGACGAUGAGCUUGACCUGGGCCUGGGAUCCCGGCCCCCUCCCAAGCCAGGCCCCCCGGACCCUGCCAGUCUUUUGGGUCAGACAGCUGAGGUGGCCUUGGACCUGGCUGGAGACAGGACCCCAACCUCAGAGAAGAUGGAUGAGGGCCAGCCGUCCUCCGGCGAGGACAUGGAGAUCUCAGACGAUGAGAUGCCCUCCGCCCCCAUCACCAGCGCCGACUGCCCCAAGCCCAUGGUGGUGACCUCAGGGGCCGCGGCUGUGGCAGCCCCCUCCGUGCUGGCCCCGACCCUGCCACUGCCCCCACCCCCCGGCUUCCCACCACUGCCCCCACCCCCGCCCCCACCCCCACCCCAGCCCGGCUUCCCCAUGCCCCCACCUCUGCCCCCACCACCUCCCCCACCGCCCCCAGCCCACCCGGCUGUGGCUGUGCCCCCACCCCCCCUGCCAGGGCCGCCCGGCGUCCCGCCCCCGCCCAUCCUGCCACCGCUGCCCCCCUUCCCGCCCGGGCUGUUUCCUGUGAUGCAGGUGGACAUGAGCCACGUGCUGGGUGGCCAGUGGGGCGGCAUGCCCAUGUCCUUCCAGAUGCAAACGCAGAUGCUGAGCCGGCUGAUGACCGGCCAGGGCGCCUGCCCCUACCCUCCAUUCAUGGCCGCGGCCGCGGCCGCCGCCUCAGCAGGACUGCAGUUUGUCAACCUGCCCCCAUACCGGGGCCCUUUCUCCCUGGGCAACGCCGGCCCCGGCCGUGGGCAGCCCUGGCCCCCGCUGCCCAAGUUUGACCCGUCGGUGCCACCACCAGGCUAUGUGCCGCGCCAAGAGGACCCGCACAAGGCCACGGUGGACGGCGUCCUGCUGGUGGUCCUCAAGGAGCUCAAGGCCAUCAUGAAGCGCGACCUGAACCGCAAGAUGGUGGAGGUGGUGGCCUUCCGCGCCUUCGACGAGUGGUGGGACAAGAAGGAGCGGCUGGCCAAGGCCUCGCUGACCCCAGUGAAGUCGGGGGAGCACAAGGAUGAAGACAGGCCGAAGCCCAAGGACCGCAUCGCCUCGUGCCUGCUGGAGUCGUGGGGCAAGGGCGAGGGCCUGGGCUACGAGGGCCUGGGCCUGGGCAUCGGGCUGCGAGGGGCCAUCCGCCUGCCCUCCUUCAAGGUCAAGAGGAAGGAGCCGCCGGACACGGCCUCGGCCGGUGACCAGAAGCGCCUGCGGCCCUCGACCUCCGUGGAUGAGGAAGACGAAGAGUCCGAGCGCGAGCGGGACCGGGACAUGGCCGACGCCCCCUGCGAGCUGGCCAAGCGGGACCCCAAGGGCGUGGGCGUGCGGCGGCGGCCGGCGCGGCCCCUGGAGCUGGACAGCGGCGGGGAGGAGGACGAGAAGGAGUCGCUGUCGGUGUCCUCGUCCUCGUCUGCGUCCUCAUCCUCGGGGUCCUCCACGACCUCGCCCUCCUCCUCCGCCUCUGACAAGGAGGAGCGGGAGAGCUCCGAGGACGAGGCGGAGGCCGAGGCGGAGGAGGAAGGUCCCCGGAGCCAGGUCUCCUCGUCCUCCACCUCGUCCGCAUCAGAUAAGGACGACGAGGACGACAGCGACGACCAGGACGAGUCUGAGGACGAGGACGAGGACACCGCCCUGUCGGAGGCGAGCGAGAAGGAAGGCGGGGACUCCGACGGAGAGGAGACGGUGAGCAUCGCCACCUCCAAGGCCAGACCUGGGUCCUCCAGCCAGAGUUCCGAGUCUUCUGGGUUCGAGUCAAGCUCCGAGUCUUCGUCGUCAUCCUCAGAGGAUGAAGAGGAGCUGGGGGCCGGGGAGGAGGAGGAGCAGGAGGAGGACGCGGCGGCGGCGGACGAGAACAUGGCUCCCGCUGCCCCGGAGGACGACCUCGAGGAGGACGUAGCCACCAUGGCUGCGGGCGACGUACCUGUGACGGAGUCUGUGGGCAUGGAAGAGGAGGUGGACGUUGAGGAUGAGGCCCCGGAGGAGCAGGUCUGCCCCAUGCUGGAGGAGCCCCUCUUGCUGCCCGUGGAUGUCAAGGAGGUGGCAGGCUGCAAGGAGCCCCCUGAGGAGCUGGGCCUGAACCAGGAGGGGGCCAGGUUGAUGUCUCCAGAGCCCCCCACUAAGGAGGUGGAGGCCCGGCCACCGCCGUCACCGGAGCACGUUCCAGAGAAAGACGUGGAGGCCGAGGCCAGGCCUCCUCCGAUGCUCUCCUUACCACUGCAGCCACCCUUGCCGCCCCCUCGACCGCCCAGGCCGCCUAGCCCACCACCGGAGCCCAAGACCCCUGACCCCCCACACCCACCCACCCCCCUGGAGCCUCCCCCUGAGGACCAGCCCCCACGCACUCCAGGCCUCUGUGGCAGCCUGGCCAAGUCGCAGAGCACGGAGACGGUGCCGGCCACACCGAGUGGGGACCCCCCACUGUCAGGGGGCAGCAGUGGCCUGUCACUGAGCUCCCCACAGGUGCCCGGCAGCCCCUUUUCCUACCCAUCCCAGUCCCCCAGUUUGAGCAGUGGGGGCCUCCCCAGGACACCUGGCCGGGACUUCAGCUUUACACCCACCUUCCCCGAGCCCGGGGCACCCCUGCUCCUGCCCGUUUGCCCCCUCCCAGCUGGCCGGCGUGAUGAGCGGGCUGGUCCCCUGGCUUCCCCGGUACUCCUGGACACGGGCCUGCCCCUCCCACUGCCUUUGCCCCUGCCCCUGCCCCUGGCAUUGCCUGUACCUGUCCUGAGGGCCCAGACUCGGCCCCCCACCCAGUUGCCACCCCUGCUGCCUGCCCCGCUGGCCCCCUGCCCGCCCCCCAUCAAGAGGAAGCCGGGCCGGCCCCGGCGAUCCCCGCCGGCUGUGCUCUCCCUGGAUGGUCCUCUUGUCCGGCCUCCGGGGGCGGCUGCCCUGGGCAGGGAGCUCUUGCUCUUGCCAGGCCAGCCACAGACCCCUGUCUUCUCCAGUACCCAUGAUCCUCGGGCUGUGACCCUGGACUUCCGGAACGCGGGGAUCCCGGCCCCCCCACCGCCUCUACCCCCCCAGCCACCCCCGCCCCCACCCCCACCCCCUGUUGAGCCUACCAAGCUGCCCUUUAAGGAGCUGGAGAACCAGUGGCCCUCUGAGGCCAUCCCUCCGGGCCCCCGCGGGCGCGAUGAGCUCACCGGGGAGUUAAUGGACAUAGCCAAGGGGCGGGGGCCCUGGCGCCGGCCCCCCAAGAAGCGUCAUGAGGACCUGAUAGGCUCGGCCUCGCCUGAGCUCUCACCCCCGCAGCCCCUCUUCCGGCCCCGGUCAGAGUUCGAGGAGAUGACCAUCCUGUAUGACAUCUGGAAUGGCGGCAUCGACGAGGAAGACAUACACUUCCUGUGUGUCACCUACGAGCGGCUGCUGCAGCAGGACAACGGCAUGGACUGGCUCAACGACACCCUCUGGGUGUACCACCCCUCCACCAGCCUCUCUUCAGCCAAGAAAAAGAAACGGGACGAUGGCAUCCGAGAGCACGUGACGGGCUGUGCCCGCAGCGAGGGCUUCUACACCAUCGACAAGAAGGACAAGCUCAGAUACCUCAACAGCAGCCGUGCCAGCACCGAUGAGCCCCCCGCAGACACCCAGGGCAUGAGCAUCCCCGCGCAGCCGCACGCCUCCACGCGGGCCGGCUCCGAGCGGCGCUCCGAGCAGCGGCGCCUCCUGUCCUCCUUCACGGGCAGCUGUGACAGCGACCUGCUCAAGUUCAACCAGCUCAAGUUUCGGAAGAAGAAGCUCAAAUUCUGCAAAAGCCACAUCCACGACUGGGGCCUGUUCGCCAUGGAGCCGAUCGCCGCCGACGAGAUGGUCAUCGAGUACGUGGGCCAGAACAUCCGCCAGGUGAUCGCCGACAUGCGGGAGAAGCGGUACGAGGACGAGGGCAUCGGCAGCAGCUACAUGUUCCGGGUGGAUCACGACACCAUCAUCGACGCCACCAAGUGCGGCAACUUCGCACGCUUCAUCAACCACAGCUGCAACCCCAACUGCUACGCCAAGGUCAUCACGGUGGAGUCGCAGAAGAAGAUCGUCAUCUACUCGAAGCAGCACAUCAACGUCAACGAGGAGAUCACCUACGACUACAAGUUCCCCAUCGAGGACGUCAAGAUCCCCUGUCUCUGCGGCUCCGAGAACUGUCGGGGGACCCUCAACUAGGCCCUGGGGCCUGGUCUCACCUCCCACCCCCAUUUCAGGUGCUGUCCCUCUGCCCAGCGGCCAUGUCGGGCCCGGCGCCCCCAACACUACCCUGUCCCAUCCGCAGCUCCGGCCCCUCAGUGGGAAAGGGCUUCUGUCGCAGUCCAGGUCUCUCUCGCUUGUUUUUUAACGGCUCCUUGCAGGACUGUUGGACGUGGCCAUCAGCCUCUGUCUCCCCCUCUGCCUUUCUCUCUCCCGUCUCCGUCUGAGUGUCUUUUCUCUUUCCAGUUUUCAUCUUCAGCCUCACCGUGAAUGCUGCUAUGUCGUCUGUCUUCUGUAUUUUCUUCCUCAUCAUAAGAAAAGACAUUUUAACCGUUGAAAUGUGAAGGCAGAAUCAGAGAGCGGGGACCCCUGGCAGAGGCCACAGGGGCCUCGGUGCGCCGGUGUGGGGCCCAGGCCGGGGCCCCCCCAGGCCAGGGUGCCGCCUGGUGCUGCCGAGAGGAGGAGACCAUGGCUCCACCUCAGAACACUAGGCGAGGCCCCCCUCUCGCCAGCCCACCCCACUCAGCAGACCCCACCCUUCCCAUCUCCCCAGUCUGUUUUCUCCCCAGCAGUUGGGGGCGCCACCUCCCCAGCACACGCUGGUGGAGCCAGGCUGGUCCCGGGCAGGAAAUUCUCCUCUGGGCUCUCACCGCACACCUCGCCACCCCAAAAAUCUUGGGUUCAGUGUUUACUUUCUCAUUCGAAUGCCAGCAACGAGGGAGCCUCCCGGAGCCCCCAGUGCGCGCCAGGGCCACCAGGAGGGUCCCACUUGCUCUCCUGCCUGCAUCAUGCCCCCAGGCAGGCAUCAUGCCCCCAGGCAGGCAGGAGUGUGGGGGCGUCCCACCUUACGGGUGUCUGAGUGGAUUCGUGUGGCAUUUAUUACUUUGUUUAUAAGCUUCACCCGCUCACCCCAG